ACACUAUACAAUGGACGAAUGGAAAAAUAUCGACACAUACGCGUAGUCUUAACCGGCAAGGAUGAUGUCGGUAAAACUACCAUAUGUCGUCGUCUUCAGGAAAAAACUGUCAAUCUCGGGUCACGACAACCAACUGUUGGAGCUGUGUUGCGUCCUUGUUGUUUCUCAGUCGACUUGGAUUCUGGAACGUGGAAAUAUAAUGAUAAUAGAAUACUUUCUGAUGUAGUAAAAAGUCGUUUGGGAGCAGCGAUUUUAAGCCCUGACGAAGGCAGUGAAACUGUUUCGAAAGAAGUAGCUGGAGAAAGCACAGAACGUUUGCCACCACUAUCUGACGAACAAUAUUGUGAGGAAACUGACAUAAUCAUGAACGCAGAUGUUUCCAACUCUGACGAAGCGUUCCUGUCUCUGUGGGAUAUGGGUGGACACAUGUCGUUCCAGGCUUCACACAGCGUCUUCAUUUCUUCGCACGGCGUGUACCUUCUAGUCUUCCGAUUGACCGACUUCCUUGAAGAAAACCUGGAAACAGUCCGGCUGAAAAAAUGGAUAAGAAUGAUUGGCACGUUUUCCGCAGUCGAACUGGAUGCGCAUGAAACAAGAUCGCAUGCUCCUCCAAUCAUUUUCGUCGGCACAUUUCUUGAUAAGUUGAAGAAAAACAACAAGGACUACGACAAACAGCUCAGGAACAUACAUUUAAGCAUCUCAAAAUUUCCCGAACUCUCUGCACACCGUUUUGUCAGGUUCUGUACAGUCGACAACAGUCUCGACAAUAAAGCUGAAGACCUAAAUUUACUGAGAGGUUACAUCAAAGAGGCAGCUGUUCAUCAGGAUCAGUGGGACAGACAACUGCCAGUCACGUGGCUACGACUCGAAAUGGAUUUAUUGAAAGCAAGAGAAAGCGGAACGAGGAUACUCACGUUAGCGGAGGUUAUCAAGAUGAACGAAUCAUCUUUAGUAAAAUUGUCCGGUGUGGAUGAGAUCAAACUUGCCCUGGAAUACCUUCACUGCACCAGGUCUGUGAUUUAUUUUCGGGAGUUUGAUUACAUUAUCACCGACCCCCAGUGGCUUGCUGACUUCUUCAGUAUCUUUCUUACCGAUGACCAGUUUCUCCCGAUUGGCGACCUCCUGAUGACCCGAGACCUGGAGCUGUACACAACAAAGGGCGAAUUGACUCAGAAAUUAAUUGAAGGUCUUCUGAAGCUGACAAAGAAUCGUGCUUUCAUUCCAUAUCAAUCCGUUCUUUUGGCGCUGAUGGAAAAAUUUGGAUUGAUAGUGAAAAUGGUGACGUCGUCAGGAUCCGCAACUAAACAGUUCAGUGAGACGUAUACGAUCCCCAGCAAACUGAUGGAGCUGCAAAACAUCGAUGUGAUAACCAGUGAAGUCACCAGCCUGAAGCGCAGUCUUCGCGCCAUUUCUAAAGCGUUAUGCUUCGUAUUCACCGAUGUAUACGUACCUGACGAGUUGUUUCACAGAAUCUUCGCCCACAUCCUUAGAAUGUACACUCCAACAUCACUGUCAACACGAAGCCUCCAAACUACGACUGAAAUAGACCAGACGAGGCCGAGACUUGAACACGUGUGUCUUUAUAGAGGUUUUGGGUGUUUUGAGGUCAACGACAUCUGUAGAUUUAUCAUUUCCAUGCAUCCAGAGAGGUCCACAAUUGUUGUGACUGUAUUCAGUCCAACGGAAGCCCAUUUCCCCGCAGAUAGUGGAAAACAAGUCAGACUCUCAAUAGAAGAAAUUAUUCGUGACGCCUUGGAAAUGAGUAACCAGCAACACUUUCAGUAUACACAUCAACUACACUGUAACUUCUAUCUGAGUCCAUACGACACCCCUGUACACCGGUACGGCGUCAUCAACUCAAAGAUGGGCGUACCCUGUAAAGGGGAAGAUUGUCAAAAACGGCACAUACUGUCGAAAACAGACACCUCAUUUUGGAACAUAACACAGGAUUCCGUUCAAGCGAAAGGGUCAAACAUUGAAACGACGAAUGGUGACACGACAUUUCCAAACAGAAGGCCAACCGCGCGAGAACUUGGUCGCUUGUCCUAUAUAGUAAGCGCGUCUUCUUAUGAGCUGCUGUUUGUUGAGCUUGGAGUUCCUUACCCAGAAAUCGGACGCAUGAAACUUGACUCAUCAGGAUUAGCGCCAGUUACUCUGAUCACCAAGUUGUUUCUGAAGUGGACAAACAUCUACCCGAAUCAGACAUUCCAUCACAUCGUCCUGGCUAUGAAGGAACAUGACAUGGCAACUGAUCGGAUUGUUGAAACAGUGGAAACAGAACUAGGACCACAAGGCGAAGUUCCUAGAGAGGUUUCGGAUAGAGUUCCAAAUGAUUCUGAAAUCCAACUCAUCAUCAGCAACAUCGACACGGCAUUCUACAACCUCUGCUUGGAGAUCGGAUUGUCACCUCCGGCCAUAGGGCAAGAAAUAUAUUGUCAUUCUCACAACUUUAAGGAAAUGAUGACAGCUCUUUUGCAGUGCUGGAAGAAGACAUUCCAAGGGGAGGCUACUAUAGGCAGGUUGUUAACGGCUAUGAGAAGGUGUCAGAUGGACUGGCAUACAACAGCACGUAUCUGGAAUGAGUGAAUGUGUCAGGGAAUGAAGAUUCUAAACAAAGACGUUUAGUCAAAUAUGCAAUUAUGUAACACAAAACGUUAAAAAUUUAAACCCCGUGUUAUUUUUCCUUACAUUAAUGUCCUUAUACAUUUUAGAUUAACCUUUUUCAUUAUGAAAUAUCAUUUAACAUCUUCCUAAUUUCGGUAAUGAAUUGAUCUAUCAGGAUAUUUGACCGUAGGACUUUUAGAUAUCAUUAUUGAGUCAUUGGACGAAUCCAACUCUUAACGAAUUUUAUGCAAGUGAUUCUAUGUAUGUUUUGUAAAAAGAUAUACCUUGAAAUUUCGAUAUCGAUAAAUCAACAUUUAUUUCUUUUAUAUCACUAAUACCUAAGAAGUCGAUGAGAUAUGUUUUGUAUUUUCAGUUGUCACUCAUGUCCGCUAUUUACUUUUGUUCUAACUAUUUGUACAUUUUGUCGUUACAUAGAAGUCCCUAGUGAUUAGGUUCUCAGAUAUCACUGGCAUGAUACAUGCAUGUAGAUGCUUGUAAAGAUUUGAUUGUCAAUAAGUAACCCAGAAUGAUACAUACAGAAUGUCGAAUUUAUCCACAUGUAUACUUUACUAGCAUGUUGUCAACGUUCGUUAUAGUAAUAUUUACAUCAGUGAUUAAAGGGGCAAUCAUAUAUAUAUAUAUAUGAUACACUGCCGAACGAGUAAAAAUGUCUGAACGUCGUAAAGAUAUAUUGGAUAUAUUGGCAAUUGGAUUUCGUGAUAGAUUUUAAAACUUCUAAGUGACAACAGUCUUACGAUAAAAAGAAUAUCAAUAGCUUGCAUGUGUUCUGUAAAACGAAGACGGCUCUGUAUUAUUUCGAUGUUGAUACUGUGAUGAUCAUUGAUUAUCUGAAUGUAAUUAUGUUGAUUGUUCAUUAUACAUUACCAAUGUGAUAACUUGAUCAGUAAAGUUAACAUAUCCACGAGAGAGAUGGAAGUAUAUUGCAAGAUAAAAACGUUUAAAGUAAUAGAGCUAUUGCCUUCUUAAUGGGUAAGUUUAAUAAGUAAUUAUCUACAUCGGUACAGCCUAAACAAGGGGACAACACUUUUCCCUUAUAUGCAGUAAGUUUCCUACAAUGAAAAUUGAAAGGGUUUGAACACGUUUACAAAGCGUUUAUACAAGUUUGUUUUAAUCAGCAUCAGCGUUUACAAAAAUUGAGAUUUUAGUCAGUGUUAAAACCUUAAAAAUAAAAUAUCUGAUAAGUAUAACGUAAGGCAUACAUUUUAAAACUUAAAAAAAAUACUUUCCUCUCCGUCAAAUUGUGAGUUCUAUUUUUAACGCUAUGUAUAAGUAGGAUGUUGGAAGUUUUACAUAAUUACCUUAUAUUUUAUUGAUAUCAUUAAUACAAAAACAUUACUGUUUAACCUUGUAUCACCUGUAGUAUAGAGCUUAUGUUAAAGAUAAGUAACUGAAUUGACCAAUUAGACGUGAUGACUAUCGUAUGUCUAUUUGACUUUGCUUUAUUUUCCUUUAUCUUGAUCUUUAAACUUUUAUCAUGUCCUGUUCUGAAGAAAAGGGAACAUUCGACAAGGUUUUUUUUUUCAUCUUCGCAUGCAAUGGUUUGAUUUUGACCUGUAUUGAAUUCACCUCCAAAUAGAUAACCAAAUGUUUUAUCUACACCUUUAAACUAGAGCACCUUUACGUUUCACUCAUUGUGCAACGCGGCGAAAUGAUAAAAAGUUAAACUACCGUAAAAGCUUUCCUGGUCAUGCGUGCUUAUGCAUUAUUUUGUACCAUGUUUUAAUUUCGUGACUUAUAUACUAUUUUUGCUAUGGAAGUGUGUCGUUAUCUUUAUUCUAAAUAAUAUUGUAUAUAAACUCCUUAAAAAUAAAAGAAAGUGAGAAAAAAACAGACAUUUGAUAUCGUAGUAUAGCCAUCUUCAACUUUUUUGCUUGAUAAGGAUUAUGUGUCCAUUCAUUAAAGAUUUUUAGCAAUUUUUGGACAUACAAUAUAUAAAGAAUUGUUAUUAUGAGAUGUAUAUUGAUGUUGUUCAACGAAUAAACAAAGGUAAAAUAACCGCUGUUAUCAUAAACGAACCGCCGAGUGUACGAUAAAAAUAUGUACUUAUUUAUCUAUAUUAUAAAUAAAAGAGCAUAUAUCCAGAAA